AUGUAGUGUAUGAAGAUGGAAUUUACAAUUAAACACACAUGGGAUGGUUUACCUGUGAGCCAUGAGCCAGCAACAAUUUGGCUGAAGUCAAACAAUGUGGGACUGCUAGUGGAAGUUAGCGCUCCCUUCUUUAAUGACCCUCCAGCGCCACUUGGAGAGCCGGGGAAACCUUUCAGUAGACUGUGGGACUAUGAGGUUGUAGAAGCAUUUUUCCUGAAUGACAGAACUGAACAAUACUUAGAAGUUGAAGUUUGUCUCCAUGGGCAGCACUUGUUGCUGCUUUCUGGCAGAAGAGCAGUAUGGAAAGAAGAACUUUCUUUAGAGUUUGAGGUGACCAGAAUGAAAACCAAAUGGCAGGGUAAAGUUCAUCUUCCUUGGAAUUAUUUUCCACCAUGCAUUAAUAAUUUCAAUGCAUUUGCAAUUCAUGGCUCAGGAGAAGAAAGAAAAUAUGAAGCGCUUUAUCCGGUACCUCAACGUGAACUACAGGAAGGACAGAAACCAGAUUAUCAUCGUCUAGAAUUUUUUGAAGAUUUGAACUUGAAAGGACUAAUGGGAGAAGAUUGGAAGCGGCCUGAAUCAGAUAUUUUGAAAUCUCUCAAUAAUUAAAUGGAUCAAGGCAUAAAUUUUUAUAGCAUUAAGGUUGUAUGAAGCUGUAUGGAAGCAACUUCAUUCUGAGCAGAGUCUGUAAAUAUCAGAUUCCUAAGGCAUUUCUUGACAUCAAAAUCAUUGAUCAGUCUUAAAAUCAACUGCAAAGUAUCUGAAUGUACAUACUAUGCAACAGCUGUGCUUCAGUUCAUCUAGGUAUGGAGUUUUUCGUAUGUGGUGAAUCUGCUCCUACCAAUGAAGGGGAGAAGUGCUAAAAAGAAGUGCUGAAAUUACAGCUGUGGUUUUGUGAGAGAUCUAGCCUGAGAAGGCCAAUAUCUGGCUUGGAAUCCUUCAGUUUCUUCUAGUUAGUCCAUUUCUGCUGUAUUUUCUUGUUUGUCAUUCUGUUGAAUGAGUCUUAUGUGCCUGAUUUUUUUUUUUUUUUUUUUUUUUUGAUUGCAAUCAGGAGAAAGAAUACGUCUUCUGGGAACAGAAAAGAAUGUUGCUAUCAUGGCAUUUGUGGCCCAGUACUUGCAUUGCAAAGUGCUGUGGAGGUAUUGCACUACUCUCUCUUACACCUUACUAUGCAAGUUUUUCCUUGCAUGGUAUUGAAGAGAAACUUAAUCUGUGUUAGUUUACUAUCAGACUUCUCUCCUUCAAAUUCAAUGUGGAAUUUCUAAUGAUAUUUAUGUAUGGACAGUAGAUCUACAAAAGAUUUCAUGUAUUCCAGGAAAAGUGUCUGGGACAAAUAAUGUUUAGUAUAACCUUUUGAUGUACCUACAAAAGCUCAUUUGUUCCAAGACCUUGUCACAUCACCUUAAGGAUUUAGCUCAGACAUAGGAGAAUUUUGUAUGCGUGCCAACUGAUGUUAGAAAUACUCUAAUUUUAAAUGCUUACAUUUUCUAUGUGCAGGCAUGAAUAUUUUUAACAGUAGUGAAUACUGUUAGAUGGCAACAUCUAAUUGUAAGUUCUCACAAUUUACAAGUGAUACGUCAUUUUUUUGUCUAGCAUAGUAUGUGAUCCUUGACUGUGGCUGCUAACUUGAUCCUAUAUAAAUUAACUUGGGAAGCUUGCCCACUAACUAGAUCUUACAUCUGAAAAAUAGGUGACUUUAUAAUCUAACUUCUUUGGUUUAUUUCAGAAUGAGGAUUCAGACCAAGACAUGGUCCUCAGUCACCUCCUAGAAAAAGGAUUUCCUACAUCUUGUUGAAAUGUCAUUAUCAGAGGCUAAAAGGUCAUGUUCUCUAGUUUUGUGAGGUUUGUUUUGUGACUCUGGGAGGAUACAGCUCAGUUAUAACU